AUGUCCUCCUCUCCCAAAGGGACGGCCUCUGCCCAAGAGAAGAAUGUCUCUGAAAUUGCCGGUCUCACUCCAAGUGAGACCAAGCACCUGCUGCUUGCCUACAUGUGCAUGACCAGCCCUCUUAAGAUUGACACGAAGCUUUUGGGCACCUUCACAGAUACCAAGGCUAAAUCCGCCAACUGGGUCUUCCUGAAGGCUCGCCGCAAGCUUGUGAAGGCCUACCACGAGACCCUCGCCGAUAUCAAAGACAAGGAUGAGACCGAUGGCAACCAGAACGACGCAAAGACCCAGAAGUAG